GAACAUAAACCGCACGUAAACAAACAAUCUGGAUCUCAAAGGCCAGCAGCAUUGCGGAUAAAGUCGCUUUUUUACUGUAAUAGGAAUAAUACUGUAUAGAAAAUCAAUAACUUGCCGUAUCCGUAUACUGAUUGCGUCUCUUUUAAUUAGUCAUUUUUAUUGAAAUCACGGCAAAGUUAUGUUGUGCGUCUGUAACCUGGUAUAUGUGCUGCUUUUUAUCGGUUCAUUCAGUUUAAUCAGCUUGUUGACAAUCUUUUUACUUCUGAGACAACUGAUAAAAAAACAGAAAAUCAAACGUCGCGCUAACAACGAUAAUGAUAAGUAUGUGGCCCUCUUUCAUCCAUACUGUAACGCCGGAGGAGGCGGUGAACGUGUUCUUUGGUGUGCCAUUCGAGCAUUGCAAAACAAGUACGAGGGUAUAAAGCUGUUUGUGUAUACCGGAGAUUUAGAAGCAACUGGAAAAGAAAUUUUAGACAAGGCGGAACGAACAUUCAACUUGAGCCUUGAUAGGGAUAGAAUACAGUUUGUCUAUUUGAAAAACAGAAGAUGGAUCGAAGCGAAACGUUACCCAUACUUUACGCUACUUGGUCAAAGUUUUGGCUCAAUGCUUCUAGCCAUGGAGGCAUUACUCAGCCUACAGCCUGAUAUUUAUAUUGAUACUAUGGGGUAUGCAUUCACUUAUCCAAUAUUUUCAUACCUGGGAGGAUGCAAAAUUGGUUGCUAUACGCAUUACCCGACAAUAAGCACCGAUAUGUUGCGAAGAGUUCAAAAUCAUGUCAAUAGUUACAACAAUCGAAGCUAUGUAACAAAAAAUCCGUUUGCCACUUGGAUAAAGAUAGUUUAUUAUCGUAUAUUUUCUAAAAUCUACGGAAAUGUUGGUCGCUGCGCGGACACGAUUAUGGUAAAUUCCAGUUGGACUGAAAACCACAUAAUUGCGCUGUGGGAGGUACCAUAUAAAACACAUCGGGUUUAUCCUCCUUGCGAGGUGACUCAUCUGAAAAACUUGCAAUCACUUGCCAGCGCGCAUGAUAAAAUCAUCAUUUUGUCAGUAGGGCAAUUUCGUCCUGAAAAAGAUCAUCCAUUGCAGCUUCAAGCGAUGUAUGAAUUGAGAACAAUGUUGAAUAAGGACGAAGCGUUGUGGAAUAGGUUGCGAUUGAUGAUCGUUGGGUCUUGCCGGGAUGAUGAAGAUCGAGAACGUGUGAAGAACAUGCAGGACUUUGCUAAACAUCUAUCAUUGGAGAAUUCAGUUGAGUUUAGGGUAAAUGUAUCCUAUCAGGAGCUUAUUCAGUGCUACCAAGUUGCUACCAUUGGGUUGCAUGCAAUGUGGAAUGAACACUUCGGUAUCAGUGUGGUGGACUGUAUGGCAGCUGGGUUAAUUAUGGUAGCUAACAGAUCUGGCGGGCCGCUGAUGGACAUAGUUGAAACUUCAGAAGGUAGUCAAAAUGGUUUUCUAGCCAUCGACGCUUACGAUUACGCUCGCUGUAUUGCUACUAUACUCUAUAACAGUCGAGAGCAGAAUUGUAGAAUUCGGGAGGCUGCCCGUGCGUCUGUUGAUCGGUUCUCGGAAACAGAGUUCGAAGCUGGGUUUCUUAGGGCCAUCUCUACUAUCUUAGAUGAUAAAGGAAACUAAUUAGCGAACUUACUUAUAUCUGACUGUUUGAAAAUUACAAAAUGGUUUGAAAAUUAGUCACACGAAUAUAAAAAGGUUCAAGCGUUGCACUUUAGCCAGCUAAAUUAAAUUGCGGAUAAAAUUGACACCUCAGCGGAUGCUACUAUUCACGUAAAUGUAAUACAGUUAGAAACAAGUGUCGUUCGAUUUUCCGAAAACUUUUCCCAAUUGCCAAGGAGCGGAAUUGAUGAAUUAUUUUCAAUCAAUAUAAUAAAUUAGACAACUUUCACGGCGAUGGUAGUUCCAACGCAAUACAGCAGAAACCAGCAAAGACAGGACCAGCAGAUAGGCAGGUGUGAAUGCCAUUAACAUUUCGAGGACUAGGUUGGUUAUUGGUUGCAUUCGUUGGUAAUUGUUCGCAACGGUUUUAUUCCCGAUGAAGUAUAUUACACUGGAUUUUCACUGCGUUUGCUAUUGACAAGCGAAUUGGCAGCAGUUAGAAUAUUUCUGGAAAAAGUUUUUUGUCGUAGCUCCACGUUCUUCCGCUUCGAAAGUGUGGGUGUAGUAAAAGUAACAUUUGAACGAAUUCAAUCACUUUGGAUCUGGUCAGGUCAGUCGAUCAGCACAAGGAAGGACGACGGUUGCUCCCGGCUUUGAAAGUUUGACAUCGUUCAAUGUUACCGAAGGGUAAAGUUUUCUGUGUAAAACUGAAAUUGAAUUUAAUUAAGCGCUCUAUUGUAUGAGCCUGGCAUGCGAAAUUGUCGUCCAUAGAAGCCAACUGGAAAUGAUGGAAAUAGUUUGUAAUUUGGUCGAUUUGAAAGUCGAUUAUAGAGAGUGGAUAGUUGAGUGCCCAUUUUGCCCUGUAGUAGUUACGUCUGCAUAAACCAAUUUCGAAGAAAAACACGUAAGUAAAUAUAAAAAGGACUAUUGAAAGCAUCUGGAACGUUUAUAGAUUAUUCUGAUAUUAAA